GAGACCCGCGAUUUCCCCUGCAGAGCCGGGAACGAACCUGGAGGCUCGGGGGACGCGGGUGGGGGGCCGCGGCCUGCCCCGCCCCCGUACUCCCCGCUUCGGACGCCAGGGGUCGCUCCGCGGCUGGCCGCUUAUAGUGGCUCUCGCCGCGCGGCGACUCACACCACCCGCACUGCCGCCCCGGGAGGGAGGCGAGGAAGCUUAGGGACGCAGAGAGCUGGAGCGCUCGCAAGAGGCAGCCGCGGGGCCAGGGCUCUGGCAGGGGCUGGGGCCGCGACUAGAGUAGCCAAGGCAGUGCCGUGGUCUCCGGGAACCAGAACGCAAAACCCCCCUGGAAGGUCGCGCCCGGUGGGCUCCACCCGCAGUUCAGAGCCCGGGACGUCCGGAGCGUGGGCAGCAACAAUCUGUCUGGGUAGCCUGGGACCCGGGCAGCGCCAUCGGUGAGAAAGCAGCUGUCUUGGAGAGCACGCACCCUAGCCGUGCAAGAAACCAACCGUCCGAGAGAGAGGGAGAGAGAGAGAGAGGCCGCGGAACUCAGGCGCCCAGGAUCAUCUCGGACUGCACAGGAGGGUGGUAACAGGAGCACGGGCUGCGAGCCGUCGGGAACUACCCUUGGCCGAGCCCGUGGGGGAGACCCCCGCCUUGACGGACGGUUUGGGGAACGGCACAGCUGCGGCGGGGGCCCGCGGGGGCAGGAGGCCCGGGCACAGCCGUCGGGGGGGGUCCAGACCCAGGCCCGAGCCCGGCCACCUCCUCCAGGGCCCGCGGAGAGCCCCGGGCCUCCGUCGCCAUUGCGCCCAAGAGUGAGGAAGAUCUGCUGGCCCUGGCCGCGUCGCGGCUGAGCCGCCGCAAGCGGGUGGCGGGGGUGGCCGUCGGGGUGGCCAUGGUGCUGCUGCUGCUGGUGGCCAUCCCGCUGCUUGUGCACAGCUCCCGUGGUCCGGCGCACUAUGAGAUGCUGGGUCGCUGCCGCAUGGUCUGCGACCCGCACGGGCCCCGAGGCCCGAGCCCAGACGGCACCCCCGCUUCCGUGCCUCCCUUCCCUCCGGGAGCCAAGGGAGAGAUGGGUCGCCGGGGAAAGGCAGGCCUGCGGGGCCCCCCGGGGCCACCAGGUCCCCGAGGACCCCCGGGAGAGCCCGGGAGGCCCGGUCCCCCGGGUCCUCCAGGCCCCGGCCCCGGCGGGGUGGCGCCCCCGGCCGGCUACGUGCCUCGCAUUGCCUUCUACGCCGGCCUGCGGCGACCUCACGAAGGGUACGAGGUGCUACGUUUUGACGACGUGGUGACCAACGUGGGCAACGCUUAUGAGGCAGCCAGUGGCAAGUUCACCUGCCCCAUGCCAGGCGUCUACUUCUUUGCUUACCACGUGCUCAUGCGAGGUGGCGACGGCACCAGCAUGUGGGCCGACCUGAUGAAGAACGGACAGGUGCGGGCCAGCGCCAUAGCGCAGGACGCCGACCAGAACUACGACUACGCCAGCAACAGCGUCAUCCUGCACCUGGAUGUAGGCGACGAGGUUUUCAUCAAGUUGGACGGCGGGAAGGUGCACGGCGGCAACACCAACAAGUACAGCACCUUCUCGGGCUUCAUCAUCUAUCCGGACUGAGCCGGCCCCUCCCCGCGCCCUUCCCCAACCCCCUCCCCCUGCCCCCCCCACCCCGCCCCGUUCCCCACCCACCUCCCGCCCGCCCGCCACACCCAGGGCGCUGUGCGCGCUCCGGGCCUAGGUGAUAGGGGAGCCUGGGGGAGGAGCCGGGAGGAGCCGACCGCCCACCGACCGCAUGCCCCUGACAGCCUGAGCGGGGAGGGCGAGGAGGUCACGGCCCUGCGUCGUGCCCUGAGUUGGGGAUCAGAGGUCCGGGAAACAGGAGGAAAAGAGCAGAAACAGGAGCCCAUCUGAGACGACAAGAGGCGUUAGGACGGGGUAGGUGCUGGUCCUGGUCGCUCCCAUUCCCGCCUCCCUUUCAUCGCCAUGUUCAGUCUCCAGGCUCCAGCCUUGGUGCCUGCCUUUGAACUGGGGGAAUGCUGAAUUUUUCCGUUGGCAUUGAAAACUCAUUCUGUACAGUCCCAUUUCACCCCAUCCAGGGCGAGCCCUGGGGCUACAGCUGCCAUUGCCUCUUCCAAUAAAGUGAGGCUGGGAGAC